AUGUCUGACUUCCCGCUGUCAAACCCAGCCCAAAUGUUAGCUAUAUAUAGCGGGUUAUGCGGCUUGCUUUACGUAGAAACUGAUGGAUUCCGACGUGAUCUUCCAGUUUUAAACGCUAUUCCAAUAUUAUCAUUGGCUAUUUUAACGCUAACUUUACGGAUGAAAACGCCAGCGAAACAAUUUACUGCUUUAUCUUUUUGUGCCUUUGCUAUUGGAGUAUAUUUACAUACGUCAGAAUGGCGCAAUAAUUUGCAAUUCACGUGUGCAGUAUUUACAAUAGCUCAGGCAUUAUAUGCAUUGUCGUUUAUUGGCUAUGUACAACGAAUGUGGCAUGGAUGUGCUAUUGCAGUAACAGUUUAUUUGAUCGCUUUUUUGUAUUUUUGUUUUGCUGAUAUGAUCAGAUCAAUACCAACUCUAGUGAUCUCAUUAUCAGUUAAUCUCAUAGUUGCCGCAGUAUCACUCAUUGCCGCGGGGUCUGUCUGGCUGUAUGGAUCAAAAGGCGUUAAUGCCCAACAAGCUGCUCUGUUGCGGUUUUUGGGUUUACUUUUAUUCAUGCUUCUGACAAGCUUAAAAGCUUUAAAUUUAUUUGGAAAACAGUUCGAUAAGUCAAAUUACUUAUGCAGUGUAUUAUUUUAUAUUGCUCAACCGUUGAUGUUUUUCGCAAAUGAAAGAGCUUUUUAA